GCGGGCACCGAGUCGUCUGGCAAGAACUGCGGGCACCGAGUCGUCUGGCAAGACUCAGGGGCACCGAGUCAACUGGCGGAACAGGGGGAGUCGUCAGGGGAAUCGAGUCAACUGGCUGGCGGAACAGCGGGCAUCGAGUCAACUGGCGGAACAGCGGGCAUCGAGUCAACUGGCAAGACUGCGGGCACCGAGUCGUCUGGCAAGACAGUGGGCUCCGAGUCAACAGGCACGACAGUGGGCACCGGGUCAUCAGGUAUCGGAUUGUCUGGCUCGACAGCGGGCAUCGGGUCACCAGGCAUCAGGUCAUUUGGCUUGCCAGCGGGCACCGCGUCAUCUGGCAAGGCAGUGGGCACCGGGUCACCAGGUAUGACAGCGGGCUCUGAGUCAAUUGGCACGACAGCGGGCACUGGAUCAGGUACCGGAUCAUCUGGGAUCAACAGCGGGCAUCGAGUCAACUGG